UUCUUCCACUACAGUAUUUCACUUCAAAACCAGAGAAUUGAGAAUUGAAGAGAGACAAAUCGCAAAGGCCAAAGAAAGAAUUGAGAAAGAAAGAUGAAGAACAUUUUCAAAAAGCUUCACAUAGGGACCAACAACAACCAUGACCCUAACCGAUCUAAUGAAAUUCCCGCCACCUCAGUCUCAUCAUCAUCGUCGUCGUCGUCGUCUUGCGCCACCGAUAACCGCACUCUUUCCGGCUCCUCCCCGGCCACUCAUUCUUCUUCAUUGCCGUCUACGGCGGCGCCUGUUGCUUCCAGUCCGGCAAAUGCUGUGGUCAAUCGCCAGGACUAUUUCUCAUCGGAGGAGGAGUUUCAGGUUCAGUUAGCCCUCGCCAUAAGCGCUUCCAAUUCGGACUUCCCGGCUGAUCGCACGCGCCUGAGCUUGGGAGGCCAUAGAAUUGAUUCAACGAGGAAUGAUGAUGGUGUAGCGGAGGCUCUGUCUAGGCAGUACUGGGAAUACAAUGUGCUUGACUAUGAGGAGAAAGUUGUAGAUGGUUUUUAUGAUGUAUAUGCGCUCGAUACCAAUUUAGCAAUGCAAGGAAAGAUGCCAUCUCUGACAGAUCUCGAAGCAAAUCCGGGAAAUUCUGGCUUUGAAGCUGUGAUAGUUAACCAUACAAUCGAUCCUGCUCUCGAAGAGCUGUUGCAAGUUGCACAAUGUAUUGCAUUAGACUGCCCUGUCACUGAGGUUGUUAUUUUGGUACAAAGGCUUUCUGAACUUGUUAUGGGUUAUAUGGGUGGUGCUGUAAAAGAUGCUAAUAUUAUAUUGGCAAGAUGGACAGAAAGAAUCACAGAAUUGAGGACAUCUGUGCCCACGAGUGUGUUGCCUCUGGGCUCCAUAAAUAUUGGGCUCUCCAGACAUCGUGCUUUGCUUUUCAAGGUAUUAGCUGACAAUAUCAAUAUGCCUUGUAAACUGGUAAAAGGUAGUCACUAUACUGGUGUUGAGGAUGAUGCUGUCAACAUUAUUAAGUUGGAGGAUGAAAGGGAGUUUUUGGUUGAUCUCAUGGCUGCUCCUGGCACACUUAUCCCAGCUGAUAUUUCAAGUGCAAGGGAUACUUCCUUUAUGCCUUACAAUCCCAAGGUUUUGCCAAGUUUACCUUCCGCCAAGGAAACCGAUUUCUCUUACACAGGACCAAUGCCAUCUCAUGGUGAAGGUAGUAGUCAAAAUUCUGUGAUAAAAGGUGGUUCACCACAGUUGAAUCAGAAAUCAUGUUUUGACAAGUCAGAGUACAUGCCUUCUAACUUUGAUUUGAAAGGAGACAAUGGUGUUGGUCCUUCUAAAAUACCUAAUAGAGUAACUCCUAAUCAACUAGAAAAUUCUGCACAAUUAUCCAGUGCUUCUCUCUACAAAGGGACUCGCGGAAUGAAUGUGGCUGGUGACGGGACUAGACUGAACAUUAAUGUUGUACCAUAUAGCCUAAACAGCCCAGAUGACUCCCGAAACCUUUUUGCAGAUCUUAACCCAUUCCAGAUUAAAGGAACUGGCAAAACCUCUGCACAUAACAAAACAGUGGAAAAUAAAGCUCCUGAGCUUCAGAGUACAAGAAAUAAUACUGUAUCUAGUCAACCCCCUGUCCCAUUAAUGUGGAAGAAUCAUUAUGCUUACAAUGAAAUCCCCAGGCAAAUUAAUCAUGAUCCUAAUGAAUAUAGUCCACCUUUAAUAGUUUCCAAUAAUUCUUCCAUAUCUGAAAAGAUUGAUCUCAAAGGAUCCAAAUCAACAUACAAUACAAAUGUAAAUAAUUAUAGAAAUAGUAAAAAAUCAGCUCAUGUUACUGGUUCGGUUUCACCAUCUGGUGUGGGUGAACUGAAGGGGGUUGAGGAUCUCAAGGUUGAUUGGGAUUUGGAAAAUUCUCAAAAUGCCAUGGUAGAUGAGAUUAAAGUACAUGGAAACAUUGAAACUGGUCAACUUGACCAGAGGAUGCGGCCACACCACAGAUUUGUGCGGAAAAACUUGAAAUUAGCGGAUCCAAUGAGUCGCAGCUUGUCAGUUGAUUCCACCACAAACAGGGUUGAUCAAAUAUUGGAUGAUAUAGAUGUCAGUGAAUGUGAGAUUCCGUGGGAGGAUCUGGAUAUUGGCGAAAGAAUUGGCCUAGGUUCAUAUGGCGAGGUAUACCGUGCUGACUGGAAUGGCACAGAGGUUGCUGUGAAGAAAUUUUUGGACCAGGAUUUUUCAGGAGAUGCCUUGUCUGAAUUCAAAAGAGAGGUUCGGAUAAUGCGUAGACUGCGUCAUCGUAACGUUGUUCUUUUUAUGGGUGCUGUUACUCGUCCUCCCAAUCUCUCCAUCAUUACAGAGUUUCUUCCAAGAGGAAGCUUGUAUCAUCUUCUUCAUCGUCCUAAUUGUCAGAUUGAUGAGAAACAAAGGAUAAAAAUGGCUCUAGAUGUGGCCAGGGGCAUGAAUUGCUUACACACCAGCACACCUAUAAUUGUUCACCGAGAUCUGAAGUCCCCAAAUCUUUUGGUUGAUAAGAACUGGAAUGUUAAGGUAUGUGAUUUCGGGUUGUCUCGCUUGAAACACAACACAUUUUUGUCAUCCAAGUCAACUGCUGGAACGCCUGAGUGGAUGGCUCCUGAAGUUCUCCGCAAUGAGCCCUCAAAUGAGAAGUGUGAUGUUUAUAGUUUUGGGGUCAUCCUAUGGGAGCUUGCCACUCUGCGGUUGCCUUGGGGGGAAAUGAAUCCUAUGCAAGUUGUUGGUGCAGUAGGGUUUCAAAACCGUCGCCUUGAUAUCCCUAUGGAAGUUGACCCUUUAGUUGGAAGAAUAAUCAGGGAAUGUUGGUUACAGGAUCCAAAUUCGCGUCCCUCAUUUGCACAACUCACAGUGGCUCUUGAGCCCCUGCAACGUCUAGUUACCCCAUCUUAUCAUGACCAGCUAGCUUCACCAAUGCUACAAGAGAUUUCUGUAAAUUCUACCCCUUGAAAUGUCUCACUUUUGUAAAUGUGAAUAAUGUUCGCUACACUUGCUGCAUAGUUGACCUAUGUGAGUAUAUAAAGUUAUCAAAUGAAACAAGAGCACAUAAUUAAAGAAAAAGAAUUACGUCAAAGCUUGUACGGCAAAUGUUAACUGUUGAGGGUUACAUCAAUUGCUGUUUCAGCUGAAGAAAGACUGCGGAGCCAUUUUUGUCUGUGUUGAUAGCUUGUCCCAGGAUCCAAUACUCGGCCUUACGUUAUUUUUCCUUGGAAGUUCGUUUUGUUAGGAAAAGGUGCACUUUAGUCAACGCAGUUUGUGCUUGCGCGAAGUGAUCACCAUUAGGGGUGUUAACGGACCGAGUCGAAUCCAACUUUGGUUUUAAAAGGCUAAGUCUGUGUUUAAAUGUGUCAAUCUGACUAAGUCU